CCAAUGAACAUACAAUGAUUCAUAAGGUGUUAAAAGCGCGAUACUUCCCAAAGUGUAAUUUCUUGGCAGCGGAUAAAGGAAGAGCUUCUUCUUAUAUUUGGAGGUCUUUGAUUUGGGGUCGUGAGUUGCUCUUGAGUGGGUUGAGGAAGGGGAUUGGAGAUGGACAAGAAACACUAGUCUAUGGUGAUGCUUGGAUUCCUAGCCCUAACUCUUUCCGCCCUAUUUCCCCUCAAGUAUUGGAUCAAGAAACUAAAGUAAGUGACUUUAUUUUUCCUGUUGGGAAUUGGAAUGUUGAUUUACUAAAUUUGUGUUUUCAGGAGGAGGAUGUUAAGGCUAUUACUUCCAUUCCUUUGAGUGUUAAUUUUCACAAAGAUAGAUGGAUUUGGCAUUAUACUACAAAUGGAACUUAUUCUGUGAAGAGUGGUUAUAGGCUGGAGAUGUCUAAGAAAAAGGAAUGCAGUGGGGUUGUUGCAUCUUCUUCGGAACCAAGAAUACGAUGUGCUUUCUGGAGAAAAGUUUGGUCCCAAGAGGUGUGAGUGGAAUUGGUGCUGUUGUUAGAAAUGACAAAGGGGAAGUGAUGUCGGCUAUGGCCCUUCCUCUUGCUCGGGAUGCUGGCUUUUCUCCUUUCUUAAUGGAGUCUGAUUCACAAGGGGUGGUAAAUGAUGUAAAGAAGGAUGAGGAAGAGUCGUGGGCAUCAGA